AACCCUUCCGCCCAUCGAUCCGGGCAAGAAACCAAGAAACCAGACGCGCCGCAGAGCAGGGGAUCCUCUCCUUUCCAUCCAUAGACCCGAGCAAGAAACCAAGACGCACAGCAGAGCAGAGCAAGAACAGGGGAUCCUCUCCUUUCCAUCCAUCGAUCCGAGCAAGAAACCAAGACGCACAGCAGAGCAGGGCAAGAAGAGUGGAUCCUCUCCUUCCCAUCCAUGGAAGCCUCCAAGUUCGGGUUCGGCCGGAGCAUGCCGCCGGCAUUCAAGUUCGACCCCACUGACGCCGACAUCGUCGCCUACUACCUCCUCCCCCGCGCGCUCGACCUCCCCAACCCUUACGCGCGCGCCAUCAUCGAGGACGAUCCCCGCAGCGCCCCGCCGUGGGAGAUCCUGCAGAUGUACGGCGACGUCGACCACGUCUUCUUCUUCGGCCCGGCCACGGACCCGUCCCGCAACGCCGGCCGCAGGAGCCGCACCGUCAAGGGCGGCGUGUGGCAGGGGCAGAAGGGGGUCGAGGAAACCGUCACCCUGGUCCGCCCCGGCGGCGGCGAGGUCAGCAUCAGGUACAAGCGCUACGAUCUCUCCUUCUACCUCACCAACGGCAGGAGCAGCACCGGCUACGUCAUGCACGAGUACGAGAUCCUCUCGCCGCCGCUCCCCGCCACCGUGCUCACCCGCAUCAAGGUCACCGGGAAGCUCAAGAAGCAGCGGGCCGCCGCCGCCGAACAACAAGUCCCAGACCCUGCGCAGCCGGGCCCGAGCUACAAGUUCGAUGACGCCUAUGGCGGUGGCAUCGUCCAUGACGGCGGCUACUACACUACUCCUCUCCAGUAUGAGCUCCCUUUGGUCCAGUACGACGAUUACUGCAUCUCGAUCCCAGACCAGCCGGGCGCGAGCUACAACUACGAUGCCGCCGCGAUGGACGGCGAGGGAUGCGCCGAGGCGCAAGCCAGUACUUCCUAUGCCGGCGGGAUGGUGGAGAAUGCCGGCUCCUACUUUGAUCCUUCCGGCGACGUCCCUGAGUGUGGCGCCGACUACAGCAACUACUACGCCGAGUACCAGCAGUGGCAAUGUCAGCAGGACCGGAGCAACCAAUGCCAGGCCGGAGAUGCCGCCGUGGUGUCCGGCGGCGGCGAGCAACAAGCCGGUGGCAACAGCGAUAACGGUAGUGUCGUCGGAACCGAGACGAGUGUCUCAACAUCUUCGCUAUGCGACGGGGCGGUGGACUUGUACGACGCCAGCUUCUACAACAUGUUGGUCUGCGACGACGACGGCUUCAAGUGCAAGCAGGCUGAUGAACCACAUUACUGAUGCAAUUUCUUGUAUUGAUGAUCCACAUUACUCAUUCUGUUGCAGAAAUAUUCUUUUUCAAUAGAAAGAACAAAAAAGUUGCUUUUUUCUGCGGACAGAUUGUAUGGAACUAAUCAAGGUCUCAUUGCGUAGCUGAGCGAUUUUUUCUGAAUUAUACAUUGCUGAGUGAGAUUUCCUGAAUUA